AUGGCCGACACGAAGGUAACCCCGCUGGGGUUCCGCGACUUCGUGACUCUGCCUCUGAACCUGGCCGAGGCUAAGAUGGCGAUUUGUGACAAAGUAAUUGCUGAUUAUCCCAAAAUCGAUUGGAGCAACGUGGAGGUGGACAGCAUUGCCAAGGCGUUGAAAUCGAUGCUCAUUCACGCGCCAUCGAAGGAGUUUGCUGAAAAGGCACUGUUGGUGGUCAAUCACCUCUGUGUGACGAAAGCCUUCGAGAAAAUCACCCACCCACUUCGCCUUCAGCUUUGUUGCGAAAUCGGUGAAUUGGCAAACACCUCGGACGAGGCUUUUGAAGUGCUUGAAGGCGUCCAUGGUAGCGAUCCAUUCCUCGCUAAUAAGGCGUUGUUAGACAGCGGCAUCGAAGUUUCACCAGAUCUUGCUUACAAGACUCGGAACUGGGUUGUCCGGAAUUCUGUUUUCUCUAAAAGAGCCGGCAAGGCCGCCGUUGAACGGAGAUUUAACUCGGUCCCCGCUCAUCUUAAGAAGGCUCUGACGUUGAAGGGCAUAUCACCUCUCGCGUUGUACAACCUUCUUGUCAAAUCGUUGAACGCGAAAACUGAAGCUAUUCUCAAGGACAAACUUCGUCAGUAUGAGCGCUUGGACCCUACCACGCACAACGACGAUGCUUCUGGCCUGUCCUCGUCGGGCCAGGCUCCUGCGCCGACGCCGACGCCGACGAUCGACGAUUUCCUCGAACACAGCGAGGAAGUGGAGGGCCCCCCCCAAAACCCGAUUCCCAUCACGUCACCGCCAUCGGCAUCCAACCGCAGAAGACGUUCGAGACCCUCCCCGCCUGCCGCCCCGCCUGCCUCCCCGCCUCCUGCUCGCCCGGUGGCCAUGAUCAUCGAAAACGAUUCCGACGCUGAGGAGAAUCCUGACGUGGGUUACCAACAACCGGAGAACGCCUGGGAUGAUUACGAAAUGGAAAAUCCCAUGAAUGAUGGCAAUCCCAUGAAUGAUGGCGAUCCCAUUGACCCCAGUCCCCCCAUGACGCCGACGCCCCAAAAUCGCCGGGAGCCUGCUGAAAACGACGACCAAGGGUCCCCCAGCGGCACCAGACUCCAGGAACACGGUUCGAAGUCUCCCUCGCCCCGGUUGCGGCUGGGGCGCCAGUUGAACCCGCAGGUCGUUCAAAACGAGCCGCCGACGGCUCGUGAGCGUACCAUGAGGGCAGAAUCAGUCCUGGAUGAAGAGUAUACCCGAGUACCAUUGCAAUCGUCCAACUGGAGACAGGUUAACCGCUCUCCCAAGGUCACCCUGGGUUCGGCGUCCUCGUCGCCGGAACAGGGUCACCAACGUCAACAACCCCUCGAGGCGCCACACCAAGGUGACGCUAAUGUUUACCAACAGCCAUACGAGGCGCGGGACAUCCCCCGAGUGGCUGGUUUAGAUGCGGUGGAAGGCGACUGGUCGACGUCGCGAGUCGCGCUGGCGGAUCAACGCCACCGUGAGGCUCACUUCCGCCGCCAUGGGACGCUGGCGCUGAACCGUCAAGCGGGCAUGGGCUCUGGGCCGAAGCCCCCCUUUAACUUUGCCGACUACCAGAUUCCCCUGAACCUUCAACUGCGUGGUGCCGGUGACGAAAACGAUGAUGCUCGUAUGGGGAAGAGACCAAUGAGACAUUUGGUGGAGUCUUCCUCGUCUCCGUCACGGCCUCGUGGCUACUUCACCGAGGCCCAAGGGGAUCCCACUGGGACGGAACAAGUCCCAGCUGAAGGUACCUCGUCCAUGGCGCCGAUUCCUCAACCUUUUCAAGCGGCUGCUGAUGCCAACGCUUCUCAAAGAGGCUCGAAGCGACGCUCCCCGGAGGAUGAUGAGAAGGAGGCGAAGAAGAAGGACAAGAAGGAGGACGUGGACGUGGACGAGGAGGAGGACUUCGACGACGAAAGCUACGACGGCGGCGACGACAACGACGACGACAACGACGACGACGGCGACGACGACGGCGACGACGACGGCGACGGCGACGACGACGGCGACGGCGACGACGACGACGACGACGACGGCGACGAAAAGAAGCUGAAGAAGAAGAAGCCGAAGAAGAAGAAGCCGAAGAAGAAGCCGAAGAAGAAGCUGAAGAAGAAGGUGGAGGAGUCUGACGACGACAGCGGCGACGACGAAAAGAAGCUGAAGAAGAAGUCGAAGAAGCUGAAGAAGAAGUCGAAGAAGAAGCUGAAGAAGCUGAAGAAGAAGUCGAAGAAGAAGCUGAAGAAGAAGCUGAAGAAGGAGUCCGAAUCUGGUUCGGUGGUUAACAACUACGGAAUAAUUACUUACAAGGUUGAUCUCUCCCGUCGUGUGAAACAUGAGGAGUCUUCGUCAUCAUCUAGUGAUGAAGAAUCCUCUUCAUCGUCGUCAUCUAGUGAUGAAGAAUCCUCUUCAUCGUCGUCUAGUGAUGAAGAAUCUUCUUCAUCGUCGUCAUCUAGUGAUGAAGUAUCCUCUUCAUCGUCAAGCAGUUAUGACAGCAGCGACAGUGAUGACUCCAGCGACGAGUGA